UAUUAAACAAAUGUAAAAUUCGUUACUUACCAGCUGCAUUUGCUUACAUUUUCAGACAGGAAUCUUCUAUGCGUGCGAGCACAAGCAUAUACCUAAAAUGAUGUUUCAAGUGAAAGUGAGUUCGUGUACGCUUUCCUUACUUUUCCUAUGUGUUCAUGCUAGGUCAGCGCCGGAACCGCUUUGUUCAAAGUUCUCAUAUGACGAACAGUUGCUUGAAAAAUGGUUCGUGUGGAAUUUAAUGUGAACAACAUGGAGAAAAAUAUGUUAGAAACGGAAACAAGAAUAAAAGAAACCGAGCAGAAGAUGGAAGAGACACGGACCGAACUUAUGGGAACAAAGGACACUGUGCUAAACACCUUGAAUGAAAUAAAUGAAAAACUGAAUUUGCUUGAACAGAAAAGGGAGUCAGACUUGACAGGUAAGGAUGUCGUGGCGUUUCAUGCACACAAAAUUGCAGACAAAUCAGUAACCGUCAACCAAGUUUUCGUUUUCACCGAGGUUCUAUUGAACGAAGGCAGCGGAUAUGCUAGUACCAAUGGAUAUUUCACAGCACCUGUAAGCGGCAUUUACUUCUUCAAUUGCCAUUUAUGUGUGCAAAAUAAGAAAGAUCUUCAGUAUAUAUUUGUAGUAAAUGGGAAGACACACGCAAGUGGAUUAUUUACAUCUAAUGGCACAGGAAGAUAUACAUCAUUCAGUGUGACAGUGCGCAUGCGUUCAGGUGAACGUGCUUGGGUUACAAUUGACGACAGCGGGUCUUCUUCCGUGGAUCUACUUUAUGAAGACUCUGAUGACUGGAACUAUUUCUCUGGAUUCUUGGUCCGUCAAAUAACAUGAAUAUAAUUCAUGUGUAUAUACUAUUAUAUACUUUAAUUAUAUCAUAUUUUUAUUUAGGCAUCUCGAACUAAUUUUAGAAUGGCAGAUGUAUCUGUAUGCUUAAUUUGAAAAGAUAUUAAGUUAUAAUAUUGGAUUGAGAAUUAUAUAUUUGAGCUGUGCUUGGAAUUGUAUUUGUUUCUCUCUGACCAAGAGAUUAAGGAAUGUAAAUACAAGAAGUGAGUAAUUCUAAUAUUUUGUUUCCAGUUAAUCGUGCGUGCAGAACAAUAUGACACAUGUUUGUUCAUUAAUUGUUCAAUACAAGCACAUUGUAUUAUUUUCUAAUAAACUUGCAAUGUAAAUAAGCUAUCAAUGUCAUUAAAAUGCAUAGAAAUAA